GAAUAAGAGUUAGAGAGAGGGAGAGGGGGAGAUGGAGAGAGGGAGAGCGAGAGAAACAAGAAAGAAAGAAAGAAAGAAAACAACAACUCACUAUUUAAAUUCUGUUUCUAUAGGUUUAUAUAUCUACUGUUUAUUCAUAUUUGGCAUGUGUGGUAAAUACAUAAAUAUUUUUUUCUAUUCAUGAUUAUGAUACCAUACCUUAACAACAACCACAACAAUAAUAAUAUUAUUAUUAUUAUUACUAUUCUAUUACAAUGUAUUGGUUUAAUAUUUGUUAAAACAGAAACUAUUCAUGGUAGUUAUGAAAUGAUUGUUCGGACUAAAGACCCGAAAUCCUUCAAUGGUAAAUUAUGUGGAGUAUGUUUGAAAUUUUAUAAUUCCGCCAUGUCAUUGUUUCUGGAUCAUACUAAACUUGAACAUUUACAAGAAAAAUUAAUUAAUAUCUGUGAAUUUAUAGGACCAUUUCGUGAUCAAUGUGUAGCCCUAGUCACAUUUACAAUGUUUAAAGUAAUUAAUAAAUCUAUGGCCCAAAUCGAUCCAUCGGUAUCUUGUGAAGGUUGGUAUUUAUGUUAUAGAAAAUAGACAAUCUAGUUCAGUCAAUUGCGGAAACUGUGGAUCUUGAAUGAAUUGAAUACAGUGAAAAGUUACUGAUUUAUUUUUUCUUUUAAUGAUAAAUAAAUUUUUAAUAUUAUAGAUUUUAACUAAACGUUUCAUCCCAUAUCAAAUAUUCUAUAACUAAUUUAGAAUAAUACUAACCAGAGAAUUAAUCAAUAAGUGAAUCUUUUCAUUGAUUAUCUUAUGCUUAUAAUAAAGUUAAAUGAUUUGAUCAUGGAUGCGCACUACUGAGGAGUCCCAUACUAGGAUGAACCGGUCGUCCAGUGCUUCCAGGUUUUCAAUAGUGGUCUAG